CGCGCCCCCGGGGCGGGUCCCGGAGGGCCUGAUCCGCGUCUACAGCAUGCGGUUCUGCCCGUUCGCGCAGAGGACGCUCCUCGUGCUCAAGGCCAAGGGGAUCCGGCAUGAAAUCAUCAACAUCAACCUGAAGAAUAAGCCUGAGUGGUUCUUUAAGAAGAAUCCCGCUGGUCUGGUGCCAGUUCUGGAAAAUAGUCAAGGUCAACUGAUCUGCGAAUCUGCCAUCACUUGUGAGUACCUGGAUGAAGCAUAUCCAGGGAAGAAGCUGUUGCCAGAUGAUCCCUAUGAGAAGGCAUGCCAAAAGAUGGUCUUUGAGCUGUUUUCUAAGAUACCAUCUUUGGUGGGAAGCUUUAUUAGAAGUAAAACUGAAGAAGACCGCUCUGGCCUGAAAGAAGAAUUUUGUAAAGAAUUCAGCAAGUUUGAGGAGGUUUUGACCAAUAAGAAGACAACCUUCUUCGGUGGCAAUUCCCUUUCUAUGAUUGAUUACCUCAUCUGGCCCUGGUUUCAACGGCUGGAAGCACUGGAGUUAAAUGAGUGUGUAGACCACACUCCAAAAAUUAAGCUCUGGAUGGCAGCCAUGAGGGAGGACCCUGCAGUAUCAGCCCUCUGGAUUGAUGUGAAGGCCUAUCGAGGUUUCCUAAAUCUCUACUUGCAGGACAGCAGGGAGGCCUGUGACUAUGGGCUCUGAUGGAGGCAGGAGCCAACAAUGAAGAGAUGUCUGACUCGUUCCUUCACUAAUACAAAUAAUAACAUGCUUUUAUUGUA